AACACUUAGUUCAUCUCUUCUGUACUGUGAUCAUGGGAAUUCAGAAGCCUGCAUGGUUGGAAUCUCUGUACAGCCAGAAAUUCUUCGUGGCAUGUUCUAUCCACGAAAGCGCGAAGAAGAACGAGAAGAACGUGUUCUGCUUGGAUUGUUGCAUUAGUAUUUGCCCUCACUGUGUUAUGGCUCACCGGGUUCACAGGCUGGUUCAGAUUCGGCGUUAUGUGUACCAUGAUGUUGUUAGAUUGGAAGAUCUUGAGAAGAUCAUAGACUGUUCCAACGUUCAGGCCUACACAAUCAACAGUUCAAAGGUAGUGUUCAUCAAGAAACGACCGCAAAACCGGCAAUUCAAAGGCUCUGGAAAUUAUUGCACUUCUUGUGAUAGGAGCCUUCAAGAACCCUUCAUCCAUUGCUCCUUAGGUUGCAAGGUGGAUUUUGUGCUGAAACAUUACAAGGACCUAUCCCCAUUCUUAAGGAGAUGCACCACUUUACAACUUAGCCCGGACUUCUUUAUCCCUCAAGACAUGGGCGACGACGACACCGCCAACUCCACCGUCGUCGACUGCGACGAGCCGUGGAGCUCCUCCUCCGCCUCCUCCGCCUCCGACAACCUCAGCUUCGCCUGCACCGACUUUGUUAGGAAGAAGAGAAGUGGUCUCUAUGUGUGUAGAAGAACGGAUUAUAAGAUUAUUACAGAAGAAGACAUGGCCUCAAGCAUGAGUACUAGGAGAAAAGGCAUUCCUCAUAGGUCUCCUUUGUGUUAGAAAUUCUUUUUUUCCCCUUUAUUUUUAGUAA